CCACUUGCGUGGCCUGAUAAAUAUGCCGUGAUUCUCUUUGUGUGGCUUUAUUUUGUUGGAGGUUCUCUUUGAGAAUUCUAGAUUUAAGAUUGCGCAACCUCAUUAAAGAACUUUUGGGGAGAAGAAACACAUAGGUUCAAUUCGAAACCGCUGCAAUAAAAUGGUAAUUCAACGUAUUAUUUAUGCAUUUGGUCAUCGUACCAUGCCUUUGUUGGGCAAUCCACACACAACUCAAGCAAUACGCAAUAUGUCGACUGAAGUUUUGGCUACAGAAUCUUCCGACAAAGGUAUGAUCAUUUUGAAUCGGCCAAAAGCUUUGAAUGCCAUCAACCUGGAAAUGGUGCGCAAAAUAUAUAAACAUUUGAAAAAAUGUGAGAAGACAAAAUCGCUGAUGAUAAUUAAGGGCACUGGCGACAAGAGUUUCUGUGCUGGCGGUGAUGUACGGGCUGUGGUUGAGGCAGGUCCUACCGAAGAGUCGAAGAAUUUCUUCCGUGAAGAAUAUGCAACAAACGCAUUGAUCGGCAACUACAAGAUUCCCUAUAUUGCCCUCAUCGAUGGCAUUACAAUGGGCGGUGGUGUUGGUCUAUCGGUCCAUGGUAAAUAUCGGGUGGCCACUGAACGUACUCUCUUUGCCAUGCCGGAGACGGCAAUUGGUUUGUUCCCUGAUGUUGGUGGUUCUUAUUUCCUACCCCGUUUGGAGGGCAAAAUUGGCCUGUAUCUUGGCCUUACCGGUUUCCGUCUGAAGGGUGAAGAUGUUCUUAAAGCUGGCAUAGCAACACAUUUCUGUGAGAGUUCCAAAUUAAGUGAUUUGGAAUCGGCUUUACUUAAUUGCCCCGAUGCUGAUGAGGUGCCAGAGAUUUUAUCUAAAUUCAAUUCACCCUCAGCAAAACCAUUUGUAUUGACACCCCAAAUGGAGCAGAUAAACAAUUGUUUUUCGGCUGAGAGUGUGGAGGAAAUUGUGGAGAAUCUCAAAAAGGAUGGCAGUGAAUGGGCAACCAAGACGUUACAGACAAUGUCCAAAAUGUCCCCAACAUCCCUGAAGGUCACCUUCCGUCAAUUGGAAUUGGGUUCCAAGUUAUCACUACCCCAGUGCUUGAAUAUGGAAUAUCGUAUGGUUGUACGUCAUUUGGAGAAUAGCGAUUUCAAAGAAGGUGUACGGGCAUUACUCAUCGACAAGGACCAAAAGCCCAAUUGGAAUCCCACAACAUUGGAGGCCGUGACCGAAGAACGUGUUCAGUCAUUCUUUGCCAAGUUGCCCGAUACCGAAGAACUAAAAUUGUAAAUUUUCCAAAAAAACAACGAAACGGUUUGCUUUUGUGCACCUGUUUGUUUAGCUUUUGAGUUUUUCUGUGUGCGUGCGUUUGUAGUUAAAGAUAUAAUGUGUGUAGAGCUGCCUUGUGACGCAGUCGUCCACUUUUUUCUUUAAAUUUAUAUAUACAUUUUUUAUAGAACCUGCACAUUCCGCCGCCUUAGUUUUAAUAUACAUUUUUGACGUCGCAUGACUGCUGGCGGCAAGUCCUUAAACAAAAACGAGUUUGUUUUGAUACUUAUGAUUUUGUAUUCGUUUUUUAAAUGCUUCUUUAUUACGAAUUCUUUUCUUCUUUGUAGUAGUUGUAUUUAUGUGUAUGUAAGUGCCUUGCAUUGAGUUAACGAAUUAUUUCGAUUUUUUUUUUACAUUUUAUGCUAAUAUUUUUUUUGCUUUUUUUACUUCUUGCAACCACAAUCAUUGAUGAUAUCACAUAUUUGGAAGCAAUAAUUAAUAGUAAUGUUAUAUUUAUUCUCUUCCACCCCAACAGAGGAGCCUAAACAAACUUCAAAAUUUAAAUGCUACCAUUAGCAAAGUGCCAGGAUAUUAAAUGCAUUUAUUUUCCUAUGUUUUUUGUCUCUUGGAAAUCUGCCUUCAAAAUUUCACACCAGUGCCAAUUAACAUACAAAACGAUUUUCCUAACAUAACAAUAAUAAUGUAAGAGUAACUGUACAAUAAAAUAAAAAUACAUACAUUCUUUUUUACAUA